AUGUUUCUAUUCUUCUAUCUUGUCAUUUUUCGCUUUGGUGGGGUUGCCGGUGGGGAAGAAAAUGCUCGCGAAGUGACUGAUGGAAUUUCACUAAGAAAUUUCAUGUCAGGGAUUGUUUCAGACCCAGAAAACUCUCUAGCUAGUUGGAGAUCUCCUGGGGUUCCGUUUUGUAAUUGGUCUGGAAUUGUAUGUAACAAUGUGAGUGGGGAAGUUACAGGGAUUCAUCUUGGAAGGAGGUCACUAGGGGGUAUAAUUUCCCCUGCUCUUGGUAACCUCUCUGCUUUGAAAGUUCUUGAUCUUUCUGAAAACUUUUUUGUGGGUCAUAUCCCAAAAGAGUUGGGGUGCUUAGUUCAGCUUGAAAAGCUCAGUCUGUAUUGGAAUCUUCUAGAUGGGACGAUCCCUUUAGAGCUGGGUUCACUUCACCGCUUACGCCACUUAGACAUAGGAAGUAAUAUGCUUGAGGGGAUGAUUCCACCUUCAUUGUUCUGCAAUUUGUCAUCCUCACUGACAGAUUUAGACCUAUCUAACAAUUCACUAGUUGGACAAAUCCCCUUGAAUAAUGAGUGUGUGCUUUAUGAGCUUAAGUAUCUCUUAGUCUGGUCUAACCAUCUUGUGGGACAAGUUCCUCUAGCUCUUUCAAACUCCACAAAGCUCAAAUGGAUUGAUUUGGGAUCGAACAUGUUUAGUGGUGAGCUACCAUCAAAGAUUAUAGGUAAUUGGCCACAUUUACAAUAUUUCUACUUAUCCUCCAAUGACUUUGUUGGCCAUAAUGGCAAUAUCAAUCUUGAACCAUUCUUUGCCUCCUUAGUUAAUUUGACCAAACUUCAAGUGCUUGAACUGGAUGGAAACUAUCUUGGGGGGAGGCUACCUCGUAUAAUUGGAGAUCUUCCAACAUCAUUGAUACAGCUUCAUCUUGAGGACAAUCUCAUAUAUGGUUCCAUUCCCUCACACAUUGCCAACCUUGUCAGUCUAACUCUAUUAAACUUGUCCAAUAACCAACUAAAUGGAUCAAUCCCUCCAAACCUAUCCCUGAUGAGUAAGCUUGAGAGAGUUUUUUUGUCCAAUAAUUCAUUAUCUGGUGAGAUUCCUCCAACCAUUGGUCAUAUUCAGCAUCUGGGUCUGUUAGAUUUGUCAAGAAACAAGAUUUCUGGUUCAAUACCAGAUAAUUUUGCCAAUCUUUCCCAGUUAAGAAGGCUUUCACUUUAUGAUAACCAGCUUUCUGGAACAAUACCACCAAGCCUUGGAAAGUGUGUCAAUUUGGAGAUUUUAGACCUAUCUCACAACAAGAUUUCUGGGGUGAUUCCUACAGAAGUUGCAGCCUUAACUAACUUGAAAUUAUACUUGAAUUUGUCAAGCAAUAACUUAGAUGGGCCUCUGCCAUUAGAGCUCAGCAAAAUGGACAUGGUUCUAGCGAUCGAUCUAUCUAUGAACAACCUCUCCGGUAGAAUCCCACCACAGUUUGAAAGUUGCAUAGCACUUGAGUAUCUUAACCUUUCAGGUAAUUCUUUAGAAGGCCCUCUUCCAUAUUCUUUAGGCCAAUUGCCUUACAUUCAAGCACUAGACGUGUCUUUGAAUCAAUUGACUGGGGAGAUACCUCAAUCCCUUCAGCUGUCUUCUACUCUCAAAGAACUCAAUUUCUCUUUCAACAAAUUCUCAGGGAGCGUCUCAAUUGGGGGAGCAUUUUCGUCUCUCACCAUAGACUCUUUUCGAGCAAAUGAUGGCCUUUGUGGCUCAGUAAAAGGCUUGCCUAGCUGCCAUAAGAAGCAGAGCCAUCAUUUGAUUCUCAUGUCAAUUCUUGUGUUACUCUUUGGCACCCCCAUGUUCUGCAUGUUUAGGCUCAAUUCAGGAGUCCAAAAGAAACUAGCCAUUGCUAGCGUGGGAAACUCGGAACGCGAAGAGGAUAGAAAAGAGCUCAGUUACCCAAGAAUUUCACAUAAACAACUUGUUGAAGCCACUGGGGGCUUCAAUGCUUCAAACUUGAUUGGUUCAGGUCGGUUUGGAAAAGUCUAUAAGGGAGUCCUCCAGGACAAUACAAGAAUAGCAGUGAAAGUAUUAAAUGCUACCACUGCUGGUGAUAUUUCAGGGAGCUUUAAAAGGGAAUGCCAGAUCCUAAAAAAGACUAGGCACAGAAACUUAAUAAGGAUCAUCAAAAUUUGCAAUAAGCCGGAGUUUAAGGCUCUUGUUCUUCAACUAAUGCCAAAUGGUAGCCUCGAGAGGCACCUAUAUCCGAGCAGUGGUUUGAGCCGGAGGUUGGAUCUUCCUCAGUUAGUGAGGAUCUGCAGUGAUGUAGCUGAGGGAAUGGCUUAUCUCCACCAUUACUCUCCAGUUAUAGUGGUUCAUUGUGAUCUUAAGCCAAGUAAUAUACUUCUUGAUGAUGAUAUGACAGCUCUGGUGACAGAUUUUGGAAUUUCAAGGCUUGUUAAAUGUGAUGAGGGCAACCCCUCCAAUAACUCAACAUCUUUCAGUUCGACACAAGGCUUGCUAUUGGGCUCUAUUGGCUACAUAGCCCCUGAGUAUGGAAUGGGAAAAUAUGCCUCAACUAAAGGUGAUGUCUACAGUUUUGGAGUAGUUCUGCUAGAAAUUGUGACAGGCAGGCCCCCCACAGAUGUCCUUAUCCAUGAAGGUUCUAGCUUGCAUGAAUGGGUUAAGAGACAGUAUCCACGCAAGCUUGAAGCCAUUGUGAAACAAGCAUUGGAAAGGCACUUUCCUUUAAGCCUCCCUUCAGAGCGACAUAACAGAAUCUGGCAAGAUGUAAUAAUGGAACUCAUAGAGCUGGGCCUUAUCUGCACACAGAACAAUCCUUCAAGGAGACCAAGCAUGCUGGAUGUAGCUCAAGAACUUGGGAGGUUGAAAGACUACUUGUCUAAUCCAUCACAUCAUAUGACUGAAGAAGUCAAUUGCAAGGGUGAUAUCCUUUCUACUGUGAAAGCAUAG